AUGGGCGCGGAUCUCGAUCGCUCGGCGGCGGCGCCGGUCGCGGCGUCCCCGUCGGCGACGCGCGACGGUGGAAUCAUGACGCAGCUGUACACCGUGAUCGAUGGCUCGCGUUCGGUCGCCGCCGGGGGUGGGGCUGGGAUCAUCGCGCGCACGGCGAGCGCGCCGCUCGAUAGAAUCAAACUCUUGUUCCAGGUGCAAGCGAUGGCGUCGAGCGGGACGAGCGCCACGGCGUACACCGGGGUCGGACAGGCGUUUUAUAAGAUUUACACCGAGGAAGGGAUCUUGAGCUUUUGGAAGGGGAACGGUGUGAAUGUGAUUCGUGUGGCGCCGUACGCGGCGGCGCAGUUGGCGUCGAACGAUUAUUACAAGGCGCUCCUGGCGGACGAGGACGGGAGGCUCGGGGUGCCGCAGCGGCUGGCGGCUGGCGCGUUGGCGGGGAUGACGGGGACGGCGUUGACGCAUCCGUUGGAUACCGUUCGUUUGAGAUUAGCGCUACCGAAUCAUGAGUAUAAAGGGAUGAUGGACUGCUUUGGUAAGGUUUACAGAACGGAGGGCGUGCGCGCGCUGUACAAGGGGCUCGGGCCGACACUCGCGGGCAUCGCGCCGUACGCUGCCACCAACUUUGCCUCGUAUGACAUGGCGAAGAAAAUGUACUACGGCGAGAAUGGCAAGGAGGAUAGAAUGUCUAAUCUUCUCGUUGGUGCCGCCUCGGGUACGUUUUCCGCCACGGUGUGUUACCCGCUGGACACGAUUCGCCGUCGCAUGCAGAUGAAAGGCAAGACGUACGACGGGAUGCUCGACGCGUUGACGCAGAUCGCCAAGAAUGAGGGUGUGCGUGGUUUCUUCCGAGGCUGGGUCGCGAACUCCCUCAAGGUUGUCCCGCAGAACUCUAUUCGUUUCGUUUCGUAUGAAAUCCUUAAGGAUCUGUUGAACGUUCCGGAAAAAAAGGCAAAGUAG